AUGACAAGCGCCGCGGCCAUGAUAAGCGGUGGUAGCGGCGGCGGCGCUGGCGGUGGAGCGAUUACGGCGGCCAACGGUGGUGGAAUGACAGCCCGGGCCCGCGGGGCCGGCCUCAAGGACUCGCAUCGGCAGGCGGCAUGCGUCAUGGCGACGUCAGUGGUUGGCGUUGGAGGGAGCGGCCGAAGUACCACCCACUCCCCGUCGUCGUCGUCCGCCUCGCCGGCCCUGCCACUGACGGCGGGAACGAUGAUGACGACGAUGAUGAUGAUGAUGCCGGACGACGCGGAGCGCAGCCGAAUGCGCUCCGCCGCGAGUGCAGGCAAUCGGCGGCGCGUCAAGGACUUCAACGACAGCAUAACUUGCACCCUCUGCAGUGGCUACCUGAUCGAGGCCACCACCAUCAACGACUGUCUGCACGCAUUUUGCCGGUCGUGCAUCGUGCAAUACCUCGACACCAACAAGUACUGUCCCAGAUGCAAGUCCUACAACAGCAAGCCCAUUACGGUCGCCAGCUUGAGGCCCGAUCGGACGCUGCGAGCAUUGGUCUACAAGAUGGUGCCCGGUUUGCACAAAUCGGAAAUCCAAAGAACUAUCCAAUUCUACUCGGAAAGGCAGAGCAGCAACGCCCAAGCGCUGGAUGAUCAGCUGCAGCCCUGCAGUCUGCUGGACGAUCAAAACUUCUACUCACCCGACGAACCGAUCAGUUUAUCGCUCGAGUACCUCUACGACACGCUGCCGGAGACGCAGCAGGGUGUGACGACGAAGGAGUCGAAGCUUCCCGUGACCUAUCUGCAGUGCCCGGCCGCGGUCACGGUUCACCAUCUGUAUAAGUUCAUUCUGACCAAGAACGGGCUGCUGGUCGGUUCGGACAACAUCCGCGUCGAGAUCAUCUACGAGGACGAGAUCCUGCCGCACAACUUCACGCUGAUGGAUGUGGCCUAUUGCUUCGACUACAAGCGGGUUGCACCGAUGCGCUUCUUCUAUCGCAUCCUGAUCCACUCGAGCGCGAAACCGCCCCAAACGGCCGCCGCUCACCGGAGCGUCGAGGGACAGGACAAAAGCAACAGCACCGGAACAGGCACCAGAGGCGGUGGCGGAGGCUCAGCGGCCGCCCAGCCAGCGGCAGCCCCCGGUAGCACCACAGCCGCCACACGGUCCGACAGUGGCCAACGGGGUGGCACCGGUGCCAAGGAUGGCGGAGCCCACAGCCCUGGCAAAGCCGGAACGACCGGAGCGGCCACCACCGCGAAGGAGCUCACCACCAGCGGUGGCAACAAGGAGAACACCAUCACCAACGGGACCCACGCCAUGCCGCCACCGCCACCGGGAAGUAACGUCAGCGUCGGCGGGACCGAGAAGCCGGCGGCCAUCCCACCGUCGGCGGUCACUCCACACACCCCCGGCACCACCCGAAAAGACCGGGUUACCGAUGCGGAGAAGAAAACGGCCACCAAAUCGUCGGCGGCGGCAUCCACGGCUGGCACUGGGGCCGCCGGCGGCGGUCUAAAGAUGGUGCUGGUGGCGAAAGGCAAGAACCCGCCGGAGGUGAAGAAGAUUCCGCCGCCGUUGAAGGUGCUACAGCAGCAACCCCCAGCAGCAGCCGCCGUGACCGAGGCAAAGGAUACGCCAUCGGCGGCGCCCGGCGUCGGGGUUAAAAUGGAGGUCGCUGCGUCCAAGGCGGCUCCGGUCGGGAAGCGGUCGCCACCGUCCGGCAGCGAACUGAAGUGUUACGUCAACCUCAAGAAGCAAACGAUCGUGGGCGUCCAGGAGGUUCCGCGGCUGAAGAUUGAAGUGCCGCGGCUCAAGACGAAAGUGAGCGGCGGAAGCCCGCCCAGUAGCAGCAGCUCGUCGGCCGCCACCUCGCCGUCGUCGUCGGCCGCAUCCUCCUCGACCGGCAAGAGCCCGGUGUGGCCGAUGGGCAAGGAGGAGUACGCCAAGACGAUCGGCUUGAAGCCGGUGUACGCCGGGGCGUGCGAGGAAGCGACCCAGGCUUCCUCCCGACGCCACAAGGACGAGCGGCAGGAGUGGACGAUCGAUGGGGAAGGCUCACACCGGAAGCGCAAGAAGGGUAAACACUCGAAGGAAGCGAGCGGCAAGCGGCGUAAGCUGCACGCGGAAAUCUCCUCGCAGCAGGACGCCAGCCUCAAGAUGAAGGUGAAGCUGACGGAGAAGCCGCCGAAGCACGAGCGGCUCCGCUCGACCGGCCACGAGGACGAAUCGACGCCCGCGGCGUCGCCACCGUCCGUCACGUCCGCCAAACCUCCAAAGUCACCGAAGCCACCGAAGUCUCCCAAGUCUCCCAAAUCAGCGGCGGCACCGUCGGACCGCACCGCGUCUCCGCCGAGACCCGUGGCAGUAGCUCCGUCCGCCACUCCACAGGUUGUGGCGGCUCCUCCUCCUAAGGUGAUUGACAUCACGAAAGACGACGAUGACGUGAAGUUUGUCAACGAGCAGCCGCCGACCGUCGUCGCUCCGGUGGUAGCGCCACCACCUCCGGUGGCCACCGGCGCGACGAAGGAGAAGCUGGCGGACAUGCGCGCCAUCCGCCACAAACCGAUGGUCUACAUUCCCAACCUGGACCGCAGUCUGUCGGCGGACAGUGCCAGCGGGGCGUUCAACUCGCUCCUCGAAAGUGUCCAGGCGAAGACUGGUCCUCCUCGGUCGGCGCCGUCGACGCCGUCGACGCCGGCCCCUUCGCCACUGAAACCGACGCCGGCGCUGAUUGUGGCGGCGGGUGGCGGCAACCUGGUGGCCAAGUCUGCGCCCCGCACGCCGAUCCUGUCGCCGCGUACCAUGCAGUCGUAUCCACCGCUAGCUUAUCCACUGACCACCAGCAGUCCAGCUGCCCCGGUCGUCAUGUCGUCGAAUCCGGUGACCGGCGGCAUCCGGACGAUGGCACCGUCGAUUAAGCGUCCGUCGGUGGUGGGCAGUGACGCGGCUUCCGGUGGCACCCAACCGCCCAAGGUGGCGCGCAUGGAGCCACCUUCGCUGGUGUCCCCGUUGCUGCUGCCCAAAAAGACGGCCGGCCCCAUCCAGGCGCCGAUGUUCAACUUCGCGAAGGGCGCGAACCGAGCGAAGGCCCAGCAGGCACAGCAGCAGGCGGCUGGCCUAGUGGCGGCUGGGCAGCAGCCUCCGACCACCACCUCCGACCUGGUCCCGUACCGGUCGUCCAUCAGCUCGACCUACACGACGAAGGAACCUGGGCUAGGACCGAUCAAGAAGCCGAUCCCGAACCUGCUUCUGCCACCGUCGUCCAUCAGCGUGACCAAGAUGUCCGACAUGGUGACGUCAUCGUCGUCCGCGAGUGUCGACAGUCGGCCGGCGCUUGAGAUCGUCCGCAUUCCCUCGACCGCUCCGGUGGCCGAUAAACCUUCGCUGGCUCCGUUUACCACCACCAGUACCAGCAGCACCACAUCGUCACCAGCUGGUCCGAAGACUACGCGGCCGCCACCGGCGACCAUUCCGCUGAUCAAGAUCAAGAAGCCGGCAGCUGCGGCGGCGGGCGAAAGCACGAUCGGUGCCCCGCCCGGGAUGACGCCCAUCACGCCGGGUAUGCUGCAGAAGAUUGCGGCCCGUUCGCAGUCGGACUCGGGUGGCCCCGCCACCAACGUGCUCGAUCUGUCCGGAAACGCCCGACGACGCCCUGCGCCGACGGCCGCAGAAGAAGUGAUCAUCUUGGAGCACCUCCGCCAACAGAGCGCACAGAAAAAGGGGCUCGAGUUUAGUCCCCGGCGCAUCGAAGGCCGCCGGAACAGCAUCCCGGGGUUGAAGUUACCGCCUGAGAUGAUCGGCUUUCCGGUUCCGUCGCCGCCAUCGGGUCAGAAAACGCUCGCCCCGCUGCCGAAGCUGACGGAGAUCAACCGCAACCGGAACCUGGCCGUCCGGCAGCCGAACGCUUCGAUCCGCAACAUUCCCAACCCGUCGGCGCUCGCGUUCCGGGGCGCUCAGUCGUCGUCCGGAAGCGGAACGCUCACGCUGACCGCUCCGCCGUCCUCCGGUAUGCUGAUAUCGGCCACGACGUCGUCCGGUUCGCUGGGCAGCGCUCCGACGGCCAACGGCAACUCGCUCAGCAAUGGCGCUUCCAAGCCGGGCGAUAGCACCCCGAACGGACACUCGCGGCCAGCGAAUGGUAAGCCACCGACCAUGAACGGUGGAGCGGCACCCAGCAACAACAACAACAGCAACAAGCAUGCCAACGCCAACACCGCUGCUGUUACGUCACCACUGGGAGGAAAGAAGACGAUCGAGAAGGUGGCCGCCGUUCUGAAGGCGGCCGCGGCCACGGGCGAUACGACGACGGGUGGUGGCCGUCCAGGUCCAGUAUCAUCCCAGGCCGCCUCCAGAGGUAGCUCCACCAGCUCAACGACCUCGUCCUCGGCGCUCGAUGGCAAGAAGCCAACUUCCACGUCGGCGAGCGCUGCGACCGUUAGCUCCUCAACGCCUACUACAAACGGAGUCGGGAGCAGCACCAACGUUACCAGCGGUACUUCCGGCGGCAGCAUCUCGAGCGUUACCAACACGAACGGCAAGGCGGUGGCAAGUAUCAUCAACGUUGGCUAGGCUCCGGUUGCCGGAAGAGUUGCGAGAAAGAGAAGAAUCUUUGAAACUUUGCGAAGAAUC